AUGUCGCUCUGCACAAGAUGCCGUCUAUCGCUACGGCAAACUCUCCGCCUCAGACCAACAAAGCCGACAUCCGCCCCUCUAUCAACAAAAUCAUCACCCUCAACAGCUCAAGCCAUCCUCUCCAAACCGACCUGGUCCGUCAGCUCUCUCCUCCCGUCCGAAUCACCGCAGUCAAGUUCAGCAGAAGCGCGGGAAACCAUCACCCCGGCCCAACUACACCAUCUCCUUCGUCUAUCCGCCCUACCCUUACCCAAGUCUCCAGCCGAAGAGCAGUCCAUGAUUGAGACGCUGCAGAGCCAGCUGCAGUUUGCACGGGCGGUGCAGAGAGUCGACACAAAGGGCGUGGAGCCUCUUCGAGCCAUCAGGGAUGAGACAGAAGCUGCCAUCAAGGAAAUCACUAUCGGAUUGGAAGACCUCAAGGACGUGCUGGCGAAGGAGACUCUUGUAGGGCAUUAUCAGCGGCCGCGAAAGGUCAAGGAGCGCAUCCAGACUGAUGCCGAGAACUGGGAUGCUCUGGCGACGGCGUCAAGGAGAGCCGGCAAGUACUUUGUCGUCGAGAGUGGGAAAAAGGCCGAGGCUGGGGAACCUUGA